AUGCGAGUCCUCUUACUCGGAGCAACCGGUAAUCUAGGCUCCCGCCUACUAUCAGCCCUCAUCAAAAGAGGCCACACAGUCUCAGUCUUUGUUCGAAAUCCAUCAAAACUAGCACCAGGCGUUGAAGACAAGCUUUCCAGUAUCGAGUGCGGCGACGCAACAAAGAGUGACGAAAUCAAAGAAGCCGCACUCCGCACCAAGUGCGAUGCUAUUGUCAACUCGGCUGGACUUGCAUCCGUCUCGCCGUGGGGUCGAAGUAACCUGCCUGAGGUCGUUGAGGCGGUUCUUCGCGCUGCGGAGGAGAUCGGACGUGAGCGUGGGCAUCCUUUAAGGGUUUGGUUGCUUGCUGGUCAGGGGAUUUUGGAUAUUCCUACUCAGAAGUAUAUGCUUGUGGAUUAUAUUCACAUCUUCCCUGAACACAGGUUGACAUGGAAGAAAGUUCAGGCCGUGUCGCGCGAGGCUGUUGCUUGGUCUGUCCUUUGCCCUGGAAUAAUGAACCCCUCGAGUCCGGUCACAUAUCCACUUGCAGAAGCUGCGUCUGCAGAAAAUUUGUUAGUCUCUGCUCGUGUGCCACCUGAAUGGUCGCUCAAGUUUCUUGGUGUUCCGUUGAUUGGAGGUUAUUUGAAUCUCUUGAGCCAGGCGUUGAGUUAUGGACCGACGACGCUUGAGGAUAAUGCUGAUCUCAUUGCGAGUGACCUGUUAGAGGGAAUGGAUAGCCCGUGGGUCUAUCAAAAGGUUGGCGUUAAGGAGCGGAAGAAGUGA